UACAAACAUGUGAAAUUUACGUAGGCACUACCAAAAAGACGUUAAUAACAGAGAAUGAAGUUGGGUUUUGGUUUGGGUACACUUCCAUUCUCAACAACUAAUACUACAUAUUCAGUUUCAACUUCACAACAACUACUACAAUUCUCUCACCAAACCACUUCUUCUUCUUCUUCAGUGAGAAAGAACUUGGUUUUUGGUGUGCAAAACAUUCAUCAUCAUCAAAAUCAAAUUCACUCAGUACCUCCUACUACUUCUUUGAUGGCUUCACAGAAGGAAGAAAUUUCACCAGUCAACACAAAUUUGUACCCAGAUAUUGAACCCUAUACAACUGGUUUUUUGAAGGUUUCAGAUCUUCACACUAUCUACUGGGAGCAAUCUGGAAAUCCAACUGGCCAUCCAGUUGUAUUCCUACAUGGAGGCCCGGGAGGGGGAACUUCCCCGAGCAAUAGGAGAUUUUUCGAUCCUGAAUUUUACCGAAUCAUACUUUUUGAUCAGAGAGGUGCGGGGAAAAGCACACCCCAUGCUUGCUUAGAGCAUAACACCACAUGGGACCUUAUUGAUGACAUUGAAAAAUUAAGAGAACAUUUGCAGAUUCCAGAAUGGCAGGUAUUUGGUGGAUCAUGGGGAAGCACACUUGCUCUUGCAUACAGCCAAUCUCACCCAGACAAGGUAACUGGCAUCGUCCUCAGGGGAAUCUUCCUUUUAAGGAAGAAAGAGAUUGAUUGGUUUUAUGAGGGUGGUGCUGCUGCAAUAUACCCUGAUGCUUGGGAGCCAUUCAGAGAUCUUAUUCCAGAAAAGGAGAGAGGAUGUUUCAUUGAUGCUUAUAAGAAGAGAUUAAACUCUGAUGAUAUCAAAACUCAGUAUGCUGCCGCUAGAGCAUGGACCAAAUGGGAAAUGAUGACUGCUCAUCUUCUUCCAAAUGAAGAUAUGGUCAAAAGAGGAGACGAUGACUACUUUUCACUGGCAUUUGCAAGGAUUGAAAACCACUAUUUCGUCAACAAGGGAUUCUUUUCAUCCGAUUCAUUCUUGUUAGACGGAGUUGAUAAAAUAAGGCAUAUCAACACCACAAUCGUGCAGGGAAGGUAUGAUGUUUGCUGUCCUAUGAUGUCAGCCUGGGAUCUUCAUAAAGCUUGGCCAGAAGCAGAUUUUCGGGUGGUUUCAGAUGCAGGUCAUUCUGCCAAUGAACCAGGCAUAGCUGCUGAACUUGUGGCAGCAAAUGAGAAAUUGAAAAACAAAAUCAAGAAUAAAGGGGACUAAAGUGACUGGACAACCAAGUAAAAAAAGUGCAGUUGGUUGGAGACUAAUCAGAUUCAUCCUUAUGUCUGCAAGGAAAUAAAUUGUGAUGCCCAUGUUUUGCAAAAGUUGCCUUCAUCAUUGUCACAACAGAAAUGCACAAGAAUUUUAAUGCUUGUGAUCCCAGCUUUGUGCUGGUGGUUUGGGUCAUUCAUGACUUCGAGUUUGAAUGAUUGUAUUGAAAUAGACUAAGCGUAAAAAUUACUCUUUGAUGUAUAGGCAGCCAAAUUACAUGUAUUUUUUGCACAAUUACAAACUUGUAUAUGAAUCAUCAAUCUGACACAUCAUUACACAACUCAAAACUGAAGCUAAUAGCAGUAUUAAAAAAAAA